AUGGAUGCUAGUGCGUUUGAGAUUGACGCGGGGCUGAGCGGGCUGCGGGCCGAGCAUCAGGAGCAGCAGCAACAGGAGCAGCAGCAGCGUCACCAGGAACAGGAGCAGCAUCAGCAUCAACAUCAGCAUCAACAACGAGAGCAAGAACAACGGGCUGUCAGCCUUAAGAAUGGCAGAAGUAAUAGCGGACACAGCUCAGGAAACGGCGGUGAUCGGAGGUUCAUUGCACGUGACUGGUUUAAUGUUAGUUGCGAGCGGGACUGCGAAUUGAUGCAGAUAUUCAUCGAGCAGUUGAAUGGGACGAACCAUGUGAACUACUCCAAGGCGUAUCUACUGUUCAAAGAGCGGACUGGGUUUCCCUUUUCUGAUCCGAAGCAUAUGCGAAAGAGAAUGGACCAGAUUGUUUACACAUUCAAGACGCAAGGGGAUAUGCUGCCCGAGGAUGUGAAGCGGAAAAUCACUGAGUACAACGAGGCAUUGGAGGCUGCCAAGCAGCGCGACAGUUCGAAUCGGAAACGGUUGAUUUUGAUGGAGCCCGUUGAGGCAGACGAUACCCGGAGUAGGAGUAGGAGUGGGAGCGGGAGCGGGAGUCGUAGUCGGAGUGGGAGUGCUAGCGAUGGUGUAAGCGAUGGCGAAGCUGAUGUUGAAUCGCAAGCUCGGGGCAUCGCGCGCGGAAUACCGAACUCCAACAAUUUGCUGGGCCUAGGGUCCAAGAAGAACAACGGAUCGUCGAUGAGUCCAACCGGUCUGACGAUGGGCGUGACGAUGGGAAUGGGCGUGACCAAGAGCAACAGCAACAGCAACAGUAAGAGCAGAAAACGUAAGCAUGGGAACGGUUUUUCCGCAGAAGAAUCUUCGGACCGGACUUUGAAAAGACUUGCAGAAAAUGUUGAGACGUUGACAAGAAUGAUGCAGAGUCAUGAUCUGUUGCUCAACCGAAUCGUGAGGCUGUUGGAGGGCAAUAGUACUGUUGCUGCUUUGGACCACCACAGUAGCAAUGGGGGUGCUGGCCAAGAAGAGCCCGACCCAUCGGAGUCACACACUACAACUACAACAGCUGGGACAUCGGCAGUAGUAGUACCAGAUACAGCAUCUGCUGCGGCUGCGGCUGCGGCUGCGGCUGCUGCCGCCGCCGCCGCGAGCAACGUCCUCAACCUAAACCCAUCGCUCGCAGCUGCCAAUGCCGUCAGUAGCAACGAAUACGAUGAGGAAGACGGCAGCGGCGGCGAGCGUGACCACGUGACCAUAAGGUAG